AUGGAGUCCUUUGAGUACAAUGUCAACCCUGGCAGAGUCGUCUUCGGCGCCGGCAGCAUCAACAAAUUACCGGAAGAGAUCAAACGACUAAACCUAUCAAAGCCGUUGUUGCUGUCUACACCUCAGCAGAGGAACCAAGUGGUACAGCUAGAGCCUAUCCUGGAGCGCGGAGGGAUUCAGAAAGCGGGAUUGUUCUCUAAUGCCACAAUGCACACUCCAACCUAUGUCACCAAUGAGGCCUUGACAUAUGCCAAAGACUGUGGUGCCGAUUGCUUGGUGAGCUUCGGAGGUGGUAGUACUACUGGCUUGGGCAAAGCGAUAUCGAUCAGGACAGGUCUGCCGCACAUCUCUAUACCCACAACCUACGCUGGCUCGGAGAUGACACCCAUCCUGGGCGAGACAGCAGACGGCAAGAAGACGACCAGAUCAGAUCCGAAGAUCCUUCCGGGAAUUGUGAUAUACGACGUGGACUUCACCAUGACCCUCCCACCAGCUCUAAGUGCGACUAGUGGCGUGAACGCCAUAGCCCACGCAGUCGAGGCACUAUAUGCUCGAAACACGAAUCCCGUUAUGAACUUGCUCGCACUGGAAGGCACAAAGUCACUGGCAGAGUCCUUACCAAUCAUCGUGAAUGAUUCACAGAAUCGUGAAGCUCGCAUCAAAGCUCAGUAUGGCGCUUGGUUAUGUGCGAUGUGUCUUGGAUCGGUUGGCAUGAACACAUACGAUUGUGUUGCCGCACGCCAUAGCAUACAACGCUCCAAAGAUCCAGAUGUCCUGAGAAGACUGGCCGAUGUGCUGCCAGAAAGUGAUGGCGAUGCGAUCAAUGGACUGAACGUGCUGCUAACGAAGCUCAAGGUGAAGCGAGGACUGAAAGACUUUGGCAUGAAAGAGGAAGACGUAGACAAGGCAGCUGAGAUUGCAGUGUCCAACCCCUAUUGGAAUCCGCGAGGCGUUGAGAAGGAGCCACUCAGGGAGACGAUCAGGCGAUGCUGGGCCGGAGAGGAAGCAAGAGCUGAUCUGUAG